ACAGACUUUUAAAUUUUUUUCCCUCCGGAAAUUGAAUGUUGUGCAUUUGUUAUUUAAAAUAUGAGAGCGGUGAUUAUUAGCUGCGCUGCAUUUACAUGAAUUGGUUGCUGGAGAUGCUGAAUAUCAGAAGACGAGACGCCGUGUGUUUUCUUCAGGGAUUUGCGACAGAGGGGGAUUCCUCUCUAUAUUGGAUGCCGGAUAGGCAGACGGGAUUAGAAAGUAAUCCCACAUACUCGCAUUGUGCAUGCGCAAAGUGAGGUGAGUGAGUGUCGCGAAAAGGACCGUCUGCGGUGAACUCUUCGACAAAUUGCCUUCUAUCGGUCUCCACUUCAGUCCUCCGGGGAUGAAUUGAUCAAUGAAUCAAGGGCUGGUGGUGACCCAUGCUCCUCCGCAGUACACGAAGCUGGCAACCAAGCCAAACAUUGUACUUUUUUCCACCCAAAUAAACACAUGAAUGUGACGUGCUCAACUACAUUCACUGAGUCCUGAAAUACUGAUGUGGUCUCAAGUUUACGGACGGCGAGAGCUAACUUGACAUGCCCGUGACUGGGUCUGGGGCAGAAUGUCUAAAUGUGAGCUGAUUGAGCUGAAGGAUCUCAGUGUACAUGAUCCCAUCGAGCUGGCGGCCCCUGGGCCACGCGUCGCUCCAAGUCAAGCCAGUCACUUCCACAUCGUCCGUCUAGUUGGGGAUACCGUCAGCAUCGAGGCGGCGUCAGGAGAUGCCGGCGCGGGUCAUGACUUCCAGCCCUAUGGUCACACUCACCUCUCCUGGUGUGACCUGUGUGGAGAAUUCAUCUGGGGUCUGUAUAAGCAGGCGUUACGCUGCACUAAUUGCAGCUACACUUGUCACCAGAGAUGUCGACCGUUCAUCCAGCUGGACUGCAGUGCAGACAGAGGUUUGCCAGCAGGGCAGCCGGAUCCAGUCGAGAUGGACACAAAUGUGGAUGAGCAGACUGACUGGCGCAAACAGGAGUUAAGUGUUGGCGAAGUUCAUCAGAAGGUCAAGGAGUACAAUGCCCAGAUUAACAGCAAUCUCUACAUGGUGGUGAAUAAAGAUGGCUCCUACACUGGUUUCAUUAAAGUCCACUUUCAACUAGUCCGUCCCAUCACCCUGCCACCUUCCCGGAGCCCCACACAGGAGGAGCGCGAGUACAGCCGGCGGCUGACUCGACGGACAUCGUUCUAUCUCCCCAAAGACUCUGCAAAGCACCUGCACAUAAGCUCCCAAACACGGGUACGAGAAGUCAUCGAGGCCUUACUCAAUAAAUUCACAGUUGUGGACAAUCCAGCCAAGUUUGCCCUGUUUGAACGCGCCGACAGACAAAACCACGUGUCCAUGCGGAAACUGAGCGACGACGAGUAUCCCCUCUAUUUGCGCUUGUGUGCAGGACCAAGUGAAAAAGUCUUGAGUCUGGUCCUCAAAGAGAAUGAGACCGGCGACGUGAACUGGGAUGCCUUCAGUUUUCCAGAGCUGUGCAACUUCCUGCGUAUACUACAGCGUGAGGAAGAGGAACAUGUCCGGCAGAUAGUGCGGCGCUACGCUCGCACCAGGGACAUGGUGAAGCAGGCCAUGGCGAGGAUUACUGCUCCUGCUUGACGUUUGGGUGGGGGCAGGGUUGGGGGCGGUUAGUAACAAAGGGAAAUUUAUCAGGCGUGGACAUUUUUGAACAAAGUUUACUAAAAGUGCAGAGACAAUGAAUAUUAAACUUUCAUCUCAUGUUUCUUUGUGAGUAAUGUGAAUCGUUGAACUGGAUUCCAUUUUUUUCUGAGAAUAAUGCUGCUUUGUUUAUAUUAUUUAUAGUUAGUUCAAAACCACAUUUAGUGUGUAAACUUUAUAUUAUUGUAGUUUUGUUUAGGUCAACACACCUCACAACUUGGCACUUUAGAGAACCUGUGGAAAUGCGUGUUUGUGUGUGCGUGUUUAAUAAAUUUAUGAUAUCUAA